UCAGCCAAUCGGCUGCGGCCGGCGUCGGGUGCGCUCGGCCUCGCCCGCAGCCCUCUUGUCUCCGGCGCCCGCUCGCCUCGCUCACUCUGCUGCUGCCGCCGCUGCCCCGCCGCCGCGUCUCCGUCGCUCCCUCGGUCAUCGCUGAAGAUGGCAGAGGCUCACCAAGCCGUGGCCUUUCAGUUCACGGUCACUCCGGAAGGCAUCGACCUGCAGCUGAGCCAUGAAGCCCUUAAGCAAAUCUAUCUCUCCGGACUUCACUCCUGGAAGAAGAAGUUCAUCAGAUUCAAGAACGGCAUCAUCACCGGCGUGUACCCGGCGAGUCCCUCCAGUUGGCUCAUCGUGGUGGUGGGCGUGAUGUCGACGAUGUACGCCAAAAUCGACCCCUCCUUAGGAAUAAUUGCAAAAAUCAACCGGACCCUUGACAUGACUGGCUACUUGUCCAGCCAGACGAAGAACAUUGUCAGCGGCAUCUUGUUCAGCACUGGCCUCUGGGUGGCUCUCAUCGCCACCAUGCGCUACUCCCUGAAGGUGCUGCUCUCCUACCACGGCUGGAUGUUCGCCGAACACGGGAAAAUGAGUCACGCCACCAGAAUCUGGAUGGUUAUGGUCAAAGUCCUUUCAGGCCGGAAACCCAUGCUGUACAGCUUCCAGACCUCGCUGCCUCGCCUGCCCGUCCCGGCGGUCAAAGACACCGUGAGUUCGGCUCAGUGGGCACUCUUUAGCAUCACCACCAGCAAAGAGUCUCAGCUGGUGCACUCUGCUCCUGCUGAGCUUGUCGGGUUGUCUCGUGUUUGCACCCACUAGGUGAGUGACUGGUGGGAGGAGUACGUCUACCUCCGAGGACGAGGGCCGCUGAUGGUGAACAGCAACUACUACGCCAUGGAUUUUUUGUAUAUUCUGCCGACGCAGAUUCAGGCAGCCAGGGCGGGCAACGCCAUCCACGCCAUCCUGCUGUAUAGACGCAAGCUGGACCGGGAGGAGAUCAAACCAAUUCGUGUUAAAGUCAGAUAUAAUCAGCUCAGGGUUGCUCUGACCUGUGACUCUGGAUUUUUUGUCUCCAACCCACGCUCAGACACCAUCCAGCACCUCAAGGACAGCAAGCACAUCGUCGUGUACCACCAGGGACGCUACUUCAAGGUCUGGCUCUACCACGACGGGAGGCUGCUGAAGCCCCGGGAGAUCGAGCAGCAGAUUCAGAGGAUUCUGGACGACCGGUCAGAGCCUCAGCCCGGGGAGGCGAAGCUGGCGGCCCUCACUGCGGGGGACAGAGUCCCCUGGGCCAGGUGUCGCCAGGCCUAUUUUGCGCGUGGGAAGAAUAAGCAGUCACUUGACGCCGUGGAAAAAGCCGCGUUCUUCGUAACGUUAGACGAGACCGAACAGGGCUACAGAAAGGAAGACCCAGAGGCGUCGAUGGACAGCUAUGCCAAGUCCCUCCUGCACGGCAGCUGCUUUGACAGGUGGUUCGACAAGUCGUUCACAUUUAUCGUCUUCAAGAACGGGAAGAUGGGCAUAAACGCGGAGCACUCCUGGGCGGACGCGCCCAUCGUCGCUCAUCUUUGGGAGUACGUCAUGGCCACGGACAGCUUUCAGCUGGGCUACGCAGAGGACGGGCACUGCAAAGGGGACACCAAUCCGAGCAUCCCGUACCCCACCAGGCUGCAGUGGGACAUCCCAGAGGAAUGUCAGGAGGUCAUAGAGACCUCCCUGAACACUGCGAAUCUCCUGGCAAACGACGUGGACUUCCAUUCUUUCCCAUUCGACAACUUCGGGAGGGGGCUGAUCAAAAAGUGCCGCACGAGCCCGGACGCGUUCAUCCAGCUCGCGCUCCAGCUGGCGCAUUACAAGGACAUGGGCAAAUUCAGCCUCACGUACGAGGCCUCCAUGACCCGGCUGUUCCGAGAGGGGAGGACAGAAACCGUGCGCUCCUGCACCGCCGAGUCCUGCGACUUCGUGCUGGCCAUGGUGGACCCAGCCCAGACGAUGGAGCAGAGGCUCAGGCUGUUCAAGAUCGCGUCUGAGAAGCACCAGCUCCUGUACCGCCUCGCCAUGACUGGCUCAGGGGUCGACCGUCACCUCUUCUGCCUGUACGUCGUGUCCAAAUACCUCGGUGUGGACUCACCUUUCCUUAAGGAAGUUUUAUCUGAGCCUUGGAGAUUAUCGACAAGCCAGACCCCUCAGCAGCAGGUGGAGCUGUUUAACUUGGAGAGGAACCCGCAGUACGUGUCCAGCGGAGGGGGCUUCGGACCGGUCGCUGACGACGGCUAUGGUGUGUCGUACAUCCCCGUGGGAGAGAACCUCAUCAGCUUCCAUAUUUCCUCCAAGAUCUCUUGCCCCGAGACAGAUUCUCACCGUUUUGGGAAGCACGUGAAACAAGCAAUGAAUGACAUCGUCGCUUUGUUUGCGCCCAAGUCCAACAUGAAAAAAUAAUGCCCUUAGAAGUGCUGGCGAGGAAAAUGAACUCUUCUGAUGCAAACCAAAUGAAAAAUAGGCGUUCAUCCUGAUUGUAGUUCGGGAUGGGAAAUUGCUCUUAAAAAACUCAGAAGUUUUCAUUCCAGA